GUCCUGUGUAGGUGGCGCUAGAGGCCGACGGUGGGGUUGUAGUUGAGGCUGCUGUUGUCGCCAUUUUGUAGGGUAUUUGUCGCAGCGACUGGGAGAGAAGACGGAGGUUUGAUGACAGUUAUCGGCCAAAGGGCCUUUUGCUUUUGCGGAGAUGCGGCAUUCCAAAAGAACUCAUUGCCCUGACUGGGAUAGCAGAGAAAGCUGGGGACAUGAAAGCUACAGUGGAAGUCACAAGCGGAAGAGGAGAUCCCACAGUAGUACACAAGAGAACAGACAUUGUAAACCGCAUCACCAGUUUAAAGAAUCUGAUUGGUAAAUUACGCUUGAACUAGUACCAUUUUAACACUAAUAGUUUUAAUGACUUGUCAUUAGCUUAUAUACCUUUCAUCUGUCAGAUUGUUUUAUAAAUCAGUCAACAAAUGCUCAUUCAGAAAAUAUUUACUGAGUGCCUAUCAUAUGCUAGACACUGCUGUGACUAGAACAGAGUUCCUACCCUCAUAUAUCUGUGUCCAUUUGGGAGCUGUAGGAGACAGUUGAUUGAGCCCCAGCUGCCAGUAAUAUAGUUGGGGGAAAUGAGACACAAAAGUUAAGUAAGUGAUUAAAGGACCAGUGAGUGCCUUUAACUUGUAUGUAGUAGGGAGAGCUGUACCUUGGGGCACUUACUUAGGGUUCCACAAAUGAGAGAUAAUGAAGGGCGGGGAAGAGUUCAUCCAGAUGAGAAAAAUAGCAUGUGGUGUGUGAGAAUGUUAAAGUGUGUUGGGGAUUAGUUGCUUAUACUGUAUUCUACAGGUUAUAUUUGUAGAUAAGGCCAGUAGAUAUGUUUGAGAUUUUUAGAAGCUUGGCUGUUGUAAGAAGGGCCUCAAUAAAAAUUUCCAAUGGCAUGUGUCCUGUUUUAUUGUAUUCUUACCAGUGUAAAAUUUGGAGGUAAUACAUUUAUAUAGAAUUGAAGGAGUUUUUCAAGUUCCUAAAUGAUUAAACAAAGCCUAGGUGAAUAGAGUUUCUUUCAUUCUGUCCUCCAUUAAUUUCCCUUUCUCAUUUGUUUUUGUUGGUUCUAUGUUUCCUCCUUGUUUUGUGCAGAUGUUCCACUGGGACUGUUUGCCAGAUUGCUUUCUAAAUUAGCCAACUGGGGUUACUUUAAAAAACAAUUGUCUUUUCUUUCUGAUUUGUAAGUAGCCUGUGAAUUGCUCCCUUCCUACAGGCUUAAUCAAUUAAUUCUACACAGGAAGACUGAUGUGGCUGUGAACACUGUGAACACAUUUUAUAUCCUUAAAUGUCUUGUUGUAACAUAGAGUAUCAAGCCUUAAACCAGUGAUUCUCAAACUUUAGUGUGAAUAGAAUCACUUUGGAGGUAUGUUUAAAAUGCAUAUUAUCAGAUUAUUCAGUGAGUCUGACCUGGGGUCCAGGGAUCUUCAUUUUUAAAAAUUCAAUAUUUCGAUAUUGUUAAUAAAGAGACCACCCUUUGAGAAACACUGUUUUAAGCCCUUUAGCCUGGCAUGCAAGAUUUUUGGAUGAUCUGUUCCCAGAUUAUUUAUUUGCAUAUGUUCCCCUAUAUGAAAAUUGCUCUUGCUGAAAUUGUCUACUUACUAUUUCCUGAGUAACAUGUAGACAAACUCAUCUCUAAGCCAUUCUGGCUAAAAGUACUCUAUAAAUGUAAGAUGGUAGUAUGCCAUUUUUCUCUCUUGGCAUUUCUUCUACUUCCCACUUUGUCCAAAUCCUGAUUUCCCUUUAAGAUACAACUCUUCCCUUCUUUUUCAUGAAAUCUUCCCUGACCAUUUUAAGCAUUUUGAGUUUUUUCUCCUCUCUGACCCUAAGCACUCAUAUCCAGGCUUUCGGCAUUUCCUGCAUUGUUGAGUUUUGUUUUAUUUUUGUGUGAGUAAUCUCAAAUUGAACAAUUAUUUGUUGGCAGGGAUUUUGCCUCAUAUGUAUUUUUUAUCUUCCACAGGACCUGUGUGGAAAUAAAAACGAAUGCCCAUAGCCUCAUUAGUCGUGGCUGUUUUGAAGAACUACAGUGAAAUAUUCACUGGACAUUCAGUGAAUAUUUUUAGAAAUUAAAUCAAUCUGCUCAUCCUGUUCACUCUGUCCAUAUAGCCUUUAUAAUUCUGUAGACUUUGUUUAUAUAAUCUCUAAGCCUUGGUUGUUGUAGGUUGAAGAGGUCCUCAUCUUUUUAGUUUAUCCUCAUGGUAUUACUUCACCCCAUGUUUGUUAUUCUGUAGAUUAUUUAUGGAUUAUCAGCAGCUCUAAUUUCAUGCACUAGUCCAGCUAAGGAUUAUUAGUGUUAGAGUUUUCUGAUAAAUUUUAGACUUUUAUGGGAAGGAUGCCUUACAGAAUUAAACAGAUGCCCUUUAGAGUAUGGUAAUUUCUAGUUUGACGUAUUGUAGGUCUCUCCCUUAACGGUUCCAAGCAACUGAUCAGAUCCCUGACUUAGACCCAGAUUUAGACCCUAAUAUCCUGAGUUGUUUCUCCAAUGGCUAGAACUUAAGGCUGACACUGGGGAAAGGGGGUUUCUGCAUCUCCCCAGCCUGGAUUUGAUCCCAGCCCUGUUGAGUAGCAGUUUUAGAGAUGCUUUUCCUUUAUUUCUGCGUAAACCAGCCUCCUGAGAAAAAGAAUGACAACAUAUUCUGGGAAGAAGGAAGAGGUCAGUGAGGGCAGUCUAGUCAACAUCUGUCACUCCAUUGCUUGUCAGGAUUAUUUUAGCUGAUGUGUCUGACUGGGCAGGUGUCCCCUCUCUCCCUCAGUGCUCCAUGUGCAUCCCUCUUGAAGCUUCGCACUCUGUUGAAGAGGACACUCAUCCCAGGUAGAGAGGGGGACGGGAAACUGGGUCAGUUGAAUCUGUCUUUUUCUUUCCAUCAGAUCAAGGCUGCUUAACUGGAAUCCAUUGACUUCCUGAGGUCCAUGACCUCUGAAAUUCCUUGCCAAGUUUUGUUUACGCAUUUUGUGCGUUUCUUAGGGGAGAGGGUCCAUAUCUCUCAAUCAGAUUUUCAAAGGGAUCUGUAGAUUCAGAAGUUAAGCACUGUGGCACCAGAUGAUGCUGUUUUCCCUGAAUUCUUGUUUAUUUCACAAGCAGGAAUGACAGGAAAUUCAAAAUGCAAAGGGAAGUAGGGGGUUGGGAAAUCCUAAGCAAGCAAUUACAAGAACCUUUUCUCAUUUGAGGGGGAUAUAUUUUAGAUAUUUUUGGCACAUGAAGCAGCCUUCAAAAGCUGUGUUGUCUAUUUCUCAAAGAGAUACAGGAAGCUCGAAAUAAAAAGAGGAGAGGAGAUGGAAUAGGUGGUGUGUAUAAUAAUACUGGCACAUACAAUAGGAUUUAGAAUGUGCUCUACAACCAUGGCAAAUCGUUUUCCUUCUAGGGAUCUCAGUUUAGUCAUCUGUAAAAUGAAAGGCCUGAAAUAUAUUUAAGAUUCCUUUUAGCUCUAAUACACCUUUCAUGAAAGCUCUGUGUGCUAGAGAUACCUAACUUACAUGAAGAAGGAAAGGAAUCCUGUUUUGCCUGCCUCAUAUUGUGUGUGGCUCUGAAAAAAGGAAGAGAGGUUAGUUACAGAUGCAUAUAUCAUAAGACUGAUGAAUUUCAGAAGAGCAGUUUUGUGAAGUUUUGGUCUUAACUUUCACCAGAAGGUAAAGGGACACUUAAUCAAGUAAACACUGAAUAUGUUGAAUGAUUUGACCCAAGCUUUGUUCCUUGAUAGCAGUAUAUAUUAAUAGAGAUAUAUGUACCCAUUUGCUUGUUGGUUAAAGUAAAAUUAUUUCUUAAGUUUUGUGAGUUAAAUAUCAAUUCUAAUUCAUCAAUUUGUAUUUUUUUCUUUUAUUGAGUUAGUUGUUUAAACCAGGAAUUCUUGAGAGAAUGUUUUUAUUUUAACCACGUUAUUCUAGAAUGAGAGUAAUUUUAAAUCCUUUGAUGUGUUUGCAGUCAUUAUUUAGAAGCCAGGUCCUUGAAUGAGAGAGAUUAUCGGGACCGGAGAUACAUUGAUGAAUACAGAAAUGACUACUGCGAAAGAUAUGUUCCUAGACGUUAUCACAGAGACGUUGAAAGCGGUUAUCGAAUCCACUGCAGUAACUCUUCAGUCCGAAGCAGGAGAAGCAGUCCUAAAAGGAAGCGUAAUAGACACUGUUCAAGUAAUCAGUCACGUUCGAUGAAAUCGUGGACACUUUGGGAGAAGGGGCCUUUGGCAAAGUUGUAGAGUGCGUUGAUCAUGGCACGGAUGGCAUACAUGUAGCAGUGAAAAUCAUAAAAAAUGUGGGACGAUAUCGUGAAGCAGCUCGUUCAGAAAUCCAAGUAUUAGAGCAUUUAAAUAGUACUGAUCCCAAUAGCAUCUUCCGAUGUGUCCAGAUGCUAGAAUGGUUUGAUCAUCAUGGUCAUGUUUGUAUUGUGUUUGAACUCCUGGGACUUAGUACCUAUGAUUUCAUUAAAGAAAAUAGCUUUCUGCCAUUUCAAAUUGACCAUAUCAGGCAAAUGGCAUAUCAGAUCUGUCAGUCAAUAAAUUUUUUGCAUCAUAAUAAAUUAACCCAUACAGAUCUGAAGCCUGAAAAUAUUUUAUUUGUGAAGUCUGACUAUGUAGUCAAGUAUAAUUCGAAAAUGAAACGUGAUGAACGCACACUGAAAAACACAGAUAUCAAAGUUGUUGACUUUGGAAGUGCAACAUACGAUGAUGAACAUCAUAGUACUUUGGUAUCUACACGGCAUUACAGAGCUCCAGAGGUCAUUUUGGCUUUAGGUUGGUCUCAGCCUUGUGAUGUUUGGAGCAUAGGUUGCAUUCUUAUUGAAUAUUACCUCGGUUUCACAGUCUUUCAGACUCAUGAUAGUAAAGAGCACCUGGCAAUGAUGGAACGUAUAUUAGGACCCAUACCAACACACAUGAUUCAGAAAACAAGGAAACACAAGUAUUUUCAUCAUAAUCAGCUAGAUUGGGAUGAACAUAGUUCUGCUGGUAGAUAUGUUAGGAGACGCUGCAAACCAUUAAAGGAAUUUAUGCUUUGUCAUGAUGAAGAACAUGAGAAACUGUUUGACCUGGUUCGAAGAAUGUUAGAAUAUGAUCCAGUGAAAAGAAUUACCUUGGAUGAAGCAUUGCAGCAUCCUUUCUUUGACUUAUUAAAAAAGAAAUGAAAUGGAAAUCAGUGGUCUUACUAUACUUCUCUAGAAGAGAUUAUUUAAGACUGUGUCAGUCAACUCUAAACAUUCUAAUAUUUUUGUAAACCUUAAAUUAUUUUGUACAGUUAAGUGUAAAUGCUGUAUGUUUUGUAUCAAUUGCAUAAUUAUCUUGUUAAGCAAAUAUGGUCUUGAUAAUGAAUGAAAUAUAAAAGCUAAAAUUAAUUUUCCUUUUUUGAGAUUAAUUACCAUUUUUAAAGACCUUUGGAAUAUCCUUUGUGUCCAGCGAUAAAUGUGAUUGAUCUUGCCUUUUGUACAUGGAGGUUGACUCUUGGAAGUGAUUUUUGUCUUUUGUUUUUUGGUUUUUUUUUUGAGUAAAAGGAAAUCUUGACUACUUCAUUCUUAAAUGAAUAUUCUUUAUAUACCUCAAACUUUUCUUAACUUGAAAAGUUUUUUCUGUAAUUGUUGAACAGGUAAUAAGUAUUAUUAACUCUAGGUAGGCAGGUAUUAGAAACCAAAACCCAUAGGAACUGUUUGCUGUUGGAAUUUCAUUAAAUUGUAAGUAUUGUGUUCUGUUUCA